AUGGGAUCCAACGUUGAGCUGGUAUGGCCAGAGUCAGAGGCAUAUUCCUCACGGGUGAACAACUGCUCACAUGCAAAUUCAUCCCUAGCUGUAAUUCGAGCGAAGUUGAGUGCCGAACAAUUAGAACAAUUCAAGACAUCAUGCUUUGGCCAUCUUCUGAAUAUAGAUAAGAUUCAGUUUAGCGGGCAGAUUGUGCAUGGGGUUGUGUUGCGUAGAGUAGCGGGGCAGGGUGUGAAAGACUUGGAUGGACUGAGUUUCUUAAUAGGGUGCGACGUUGCUCAGUUCACUCGUCAGGAUUUCUGUUUGAUCUCAGGGCUUCGUUUUGGGGAAGUGCCUGAAGUUUCCAGUGGAGAAAGUGAUGAAAUUAGACUUCAGAAAAGAUAUUUUAUAGACGAAGGAAUUACAUGUAAUGCUUUAGAAGAAGCAUUUGUGAGGUGCACAGAGGAAGAUGACGUCUACAAGCUAGCUCUUGUUUACUUUGCUGAGUUAGUGGUUUUGGGAAGGGACAAACAUUUGAACAUCAAUCUAAAUUACCUGACCCUUGUAGAGGACUUGGAUGCGUUCAACAGGUUUCCAUGGGGUUCGGUGUCGUUUGACAAAACCCAAGACAGUCUGUUUUCUGCACCAACAAAGUAUGUGAAAAGCUUUGAAAAUGAAGAGGGAAGAGGGAAGGGGAAAUGUAAGGUAACCGGAACAAGCCGGAGAAAUGAGAAGGGCAAGAAGGAUAACCAUGGUGAAGUGCAAAGGGGUGGCUGGAGUUUUAAAGGUUUCACGUAUGCUUUCCAGAUUUGGGUAUAUGAAUUAAUUCCUAGAAUGGUGGACCUGAAUUACUGCAAGGUUGUUGAUCCGACAGCUCUCCCGCGUAUUUUGCGAUGGAGAACUACUACGUCUGUUCCCGAGAUGAGAAAGUUGAACAAUUAUUUUUUCCAGAGCAAAGAGUCAGUUCAGUUGCGGGCGCUAUGUCCAAGUGAAGAGGAAAUGAGACAACCAUAUUGGAGUUGGCCACAGGGUCGCCCUGCUGUUGUCUCGGCAGAGUCAAUUCCUUCUUCAUGUGCUGACCUUGAUGAGUUGAACAAGGCGGUAAGCUUGUUGAGGUCCGAGUUGUUUCAAGUAAAGCGGGAAAAGGACGUCCUUGAGUUAAAGGUCAUACGGAUGGAAAAAAUUUUGGGCCACUGUUUAGGUCCUCAUUUUGAGCAGGAAGUGAGAAGGGACAUAGCUUUACUGAAAGAGAGGACGAAUCGUUGUGUCGUGUCACAUCUAUUUAAGGGAUAUGAGGAAGUGGAUGGCAUGCAAUGGGAUGAAGGGCCAAGUAAUAGAAAUGAAGGAGAGGAAAAUGAAGAGGAGGACAUUGAAGGGGGUGAAGGGCCAAAUAACAGAAAUGAGGGAGAGGACAAGGAAGAGGAGGGGAUUGAAAGGGGUGAAGGGGCAAGUAAGACAAAUGAGGGAGAGGAAAAGGAAGAGGAGGGGAUUGAAGGGGGUGAAGUGCCAAGUAAGAGAAAUGAGGGAGAGGAAAAGGAAGAGAAGGGGAUUGAAGGAGGCCAAGUGCAAAGAAAACCAAGGGAGGUAGAGGAAGCUCAAAGGAAAAGAAGUGAGGGAGAGCAAGUGAAAAUAAAAAGCAGCAAAGGAGAGGAAGCGCAAAGAAAGAGCAUUGAGGGAGAGGAAGAACUGCAAAGAAAAAGCAGUGAGGGAGAGGAUCCGAAAAAAAAAAAAAGGGCAAGGAAGUGA